AUGCGCUCAGUAGCAGAGGCCCAUCUUUUGGAAUCAGCUACUAAUUCUUCCACAUUAACGAUGUCAACAAAUUCUAUUUCAACUUCUUCUUCUUUGGCUUCUGCUGCCGCAAUAGCAGCAGCUGCCUCUGCAGCCGUGGUCACAACUACGUCAGCUACGCCGAUAACAACAUCUGGUUUAUUAUCUUCUAUCCUUGCCCCAUCUUUAUCUAUAACCGGGGCUUUUUCUCUGCAGCCUGCGGUUUCUUGCUCACCAACUCUUCUUUACCCACUCAACCCUUGUAUUGAUGACUCUAAGCUCUCUCGACCUAACUGCCUCUCACCAGGAUCCCAUUCAUACUGUCAGACACCUGUGUCUCACUCGUCCAACGAAUGCCAGACUGAGACACUCCCCAAAGCAACCCCAAUUGAUGACCCAUCACCACUCAACCCGCCAAAUAUUUGGUCAACGGUAGCUGCUCCGACAACUGGAGUUGAUCCCCAAAUACUCGGAGGAGAGGAUUUAUCCAAUGAGAGUCCUUUAGGUUCUUCAUUGAGCCGUCACGUCGAGAUGGAAGAGGAACCAGAAGCUGAGGAGUCGAGUGGAGAAGCCGAAUGGAUGAGCCAAGCAAAUGGAGCUCGAGAGUCAAACGAUGCCAAGCUGAACAGCCUGAACAGCAUGAAACCAACUGGCCUUCGGAAUACGAUUAAAAUCUGA